AUGAGCGCAAAGCCCUGGCAGGAGGGCAUUGCUUUCAGGAGCUUGCCGAACCCUGUCCAGGCAACCCUAGGCAAGAUGUUCGAAAAGUCAUUGUACGACCUCAUCAAGGGGUUGCGGAACAACAAGGGAAAUGAGAAGGAGUACAUACAAAAGACGUUAAAGGAAUGCCGCGCCGAAGUUCGCAGCCAGGAUAUGGACCUUAAGGCGACGGCCCUUCUUAAGCUCAUAUACCUUGAGAUGCUCGGCUACGACAUGUCCUGGGCGUCAUUCCAUGUCCUCGAGGUCAUGUCUUCGGCAAAGUAUCACCAGAAACGAGUUGGAUAUCUAGGCGCCGUUCAAAGCUUUAGGCCAGACACCGAGGUCCUCAUGCUGGCUACCAAUCUGCUGAAAAAGGACCUUGGCUCGUCUACCCCGACCGUGAUUUCUCUACCGAUUGCCACUCUGCCUCACGUCAUAACGCCGUCGCUUGCACUCUCGACCCUCGCCGACCUGCUGCCCCGUCUAAGCCACAGCCAGGCCAACAUCCGGAAAAAGACGCUGGUAACACUCUAUCGCUUGGCGUUGGUUUAUCCCGAAGCAUUGCGUGCGGCAUGGCCCAAGAUCAAGGAACUUCUCAUGGAUGCCGACGAGGAUCCGAGUGUGACGGCUGCCAUUGUGAACGUCGUCUGCGAGUUGGGCUGGCGGAGGCCCCGCGAUUUCCUACCCCUUGCACCUCGGCUUUUUGAGCUGUUGGUCGAUGGCGGGAACAACUGGAUGACCAUCAAACUUAUCAAGCUUUUUGCCACGUUAACACCUCUCGAACCACGUCUCGUCCGAAAGUUGCUCCCUCCCCUGAUCAACAUCAUAUCGACAACAGGAGCCAUGUCGCUUCUGUAUGAGUGCAUCAACGGCAUCAUUCAAGGUGGCAUUCUGGAUAGUGGAGAGGAUGUUUCGGGGGCGGAUGAGGUCGCUACCCUUUGCGUGAACAAACUGAGAGCGAUGAUAACGAUGAACGGCGACCCGAAUCUGAAAUACGUUGCCCUUUUGGCAUUCAACAAGAUAGUCACAACGCAUCCACAUCUCGUUGCCCAGCAAGAAGACGUCAUAUUGGAGUGCAUCGACAGCUCCGACAUCACCAUCCGAAUACAGGCUCUGGACCUGGUGAAGGGCAUGGUCACGAGUUACAACCUAGUUUCCGUUGUCAGUCGGCUGAUGAAGCAGCUGAAAUCGUCGACCUCAGCCAAGGAUCAGGUUUGGCCCGAGACCAGACCCAUGAUACCCAAUGCGGACUCAGAAGAUGAGGGGCCUAAGUCCAUAUCCGAGACGGACGCAGCCGACCCUGAGGAGUUGGCUCUCCCCGAGGACUACCGAAUCGACGUCAUCAGGAGGAUUCUAUUCAUGUGCUCCAAAGACAAUUAUGCGAAUGUGGUAGAUUUUGAUUGGUAUAUUGAUGUGCUAACCCAGCUCGUCCGCAUGGCCCCCGUUCCUCGACAAUGUAAUGCGGAACUGAUGGACGAAUCGUCCUCUCGACCUUCCGCCGACGUCUCGGAGAAAAUUGGCGACGAACUAAGGAAUGUUGCGGUCAAGGUUCGAGCCUUGAGAGCUACUGCCGUCAGGGCGUGCGAGACAAUUCUGGCGCAGCUCGACGCGGAUACACCGGCGGGUCAUACCAUUACUUCUGGCGCGUUGAAUUCAGUCACUUUCAUACUGGGUGAAUACGCUGCACAGCUGUCGACGCCUGACGGUACGCUCAAUGGCCUUCUCCAUAUCGUGCCUCGGACCGCGAGACCCGAAGUGUGCGCGACAGCCCUGCUCGCCAUUACCAAAGUGUUCGCGACCCUUGCAGGAGAUGAGACGGAGCCUUGGACAGCUGAGAGGAAGUCUAGAACCUCGCUGCUCAUGGCACGAAUCCUUCAUGUCGCAGAACCUCUCGCUCUGCAUCCAAAUCUGGAAGUUCAGGAGAGGUCGGUUGAGAUCGUCGAGCUCCUGAAACUUACGUCAGAGGCCGCCUCUGGACAACCGGCUUCCACCGACGUCGAGUGCCAAGAUCCUCCUCUGCUGCUUACGCAAGCCAUUCCCUCGCUCUUCAAUGGCUGGGAGCUCAACGCAGUUGCGCCUGGAGCCCAGCGGAACGUGCCGAUACCCGAUGAUCUCGACUUGAACGAGCCGAUUCAUUCAAAUUUGGACAAGCUGCUGUCCCAGGCAGACAUGGUUGGUUUGGAGACUGAAGCGGAGGAUGAGUUUGAAACAUUCUAUAACCAAAGGCUACCGCCAACGAGCGUCUCAUCUUCGGCACCAGCCAUCAACAGACUUACAGAAUCAAACGAAGAGGUGGUCAGCUCGUACCAGCAGCUCAGCGAAGACAGCUAUCUCGAUGCAGAUAUUGUAGCGAGGAGGAAAGCUGAACGAUUGGAGAGAAAUAAGGAUGAUCCCUUUUAUAUCCCUAGCGAUGCGAUGCCGCGAGCAUCCACUCCUAUCCACAGCAUACUUCAGAAAAGCAACGGCCCAGAACUCGAUGUUGAUUCCAUUCCUAUCAUGCAGUUGGACCUGAAAAACAUCGAAGCAGCCUCAGACGUUGUCCAUAAACCUCAACCAGUACCGAGACAAAAGGUCUUCAUCACGCCGGAUGAGACUGUCGGGGGCAGUGGCAGCGAUACAGGACACAACAAUGAUGAUGAAUCUCAUCUGGAUAGUCACCCCAGAGCCAAGGGCAGGAAGCUCAAACAGUCGCUCCUUCAGGUUGACUCGAGUACAAUCGGUUCAUUCAAUCUUGAAGGUGCCCAACCCGCCGAAGGGUUCGACUACGAACGGCAGCAGCGCGAGGAAGCGGAGAUGCAGCAUGCCAUGAAGGAAGUCGAGCGCCUGCGGCUGGAAAUGCAGCGCGCCAAUGAGCGGAUACAGGUGGCUCAUGGUGUCGACGUCGAAGGCACCGUCAUCAAGCGGAAGAAGAAGAAGGUGACCAAGAAGGCAGCAGAGGGGGACGGGACCGAGGUGAAGCCUAAAAAGAAAAAGAAAAAAAAGGAAACCGUCGGUGAAGGUACGGGGGCCAAAGUGUUGACGGAAGGGCAGGGAGACCAUUCUGUCGCCCACCCAGCGGAAGAAUCGGUGGUCGCAUCUAAGAAGAAGACCAAGAAGGUCAGGAAACCCGUCCAGUUUGGGGAACCAGCAGGCGAUGAAGAAGCGCAGUAA